CACCAUUUCCGUCAGGAUGAUCAGCAUCCCGGUCCAAUGACGACUUGCAUUAGAGCGCUGUUACAGUAAUAGCCUAUCAAUAAGCGAGUAAUGCGUCGGUCCUCAUUGGUUCAGGGCUUCCUCUUCUCCGCAUUCUCGACAAAUUGGGCCAACGCUUGAACGGAUGGAGGCACAUCCGCGCCUCCUCCGCCAUCAUCUCCCACGAAACAACACCUCUCCCUUCCCCCUUGGAAAAGAAUUCCAUCAUCCUCACAGCAUAACAAUUUCACUCCAUCACUGCAUACCAUUCACCCACGUCCAACCAUGGAGGCCCUUCUGCGCCAGUCGCGCACCAUGUGCCCCUUCUUGAAGAAAACUUCGCCCGCUACCCUGCGCUGCCUGUCCACCAGCGCCGCCGUCAAGCACUCCGCCCCCGGCGGCGGGGCCAUGUCCAACUUGCAAAUCAUUGCUCGUCGCUGCCCCAUCAUGGGCAAAGCCAUGGCCCAGUCCUCCGCCCGCGUCGGCGCCGCUCAGAGCGCUCGCAUCGGCAACGCCGCCAUUGCUGGCGCUUUCGGCGGAUCCCGUGCGUACCACGCCAACUCCAAGGCCAAGCUGCACACCACCGCCAGCAAGGGAGCUCAAGCCGUCGACGUCCCAGCUACCGGCCGUGAGCACGCUCCCUUUGCUCCUCCCAAGUCCAAUGCCGCCGCUGCCGCCACCGCCACCCACGGUGCUCGUGGAGCCGCCGCCAACUUUGACUACGAGGGCUUCUACACGAAUGAGUUGGACAAGAAGCACAAGGACAAGAGCUACCGCUAUUUCAACAACAUCAACCGCCUGGCCCAAGAUUUCCCUCAGGCCCACAUGGCGACCCCGGAGGAGCGAGUGACCGUUUGGUGCUCCAACGAUUAUCUGGGCAUGGGCCGCAACCCACACGUUCUGAAGCAAAUGCACGAGACUCUGGACAAGUACGGCGCCGGUGCCGGCGGCACGAGGAACAUUUCCGGCCACAACCAGCAUGCCGUUGCGCUCGAGGCCACCGUGGCCAAGCUGCAUGCCAAAGAAGCUGGCCUUGUCUUCUCCAGCUGCUACGUCGCCAAUGAUGCCACCCUCGCGACCCUCGGCAGCAAGCUGCCCAACUGCGUCAUUCUCAGCGACAGCAUGAAUCAUGCCUCGAUGAUUCAGGGCAUCCGCCACUCCGGAGCGAAGAAGAUUGUCUUCAAGCACAAUGAUAUGACUGAUCUCGAGAACAAGCUGGCUUCCUUGCCCGCGGACACCCCCAAGAUCAUCGCCUUUGAGAGCGUGUACAGCAUGUGCGGCAGCGUCGGCCCAAUCGAAGCCAUCUGUGACUUGGCCGACAAGUACGGCGCAAUCACCUUUUUGGACGAAGUCCAUGCCGUGGGCAUGUACGGACCAAACGGCGCCGGCGUGGCCGAACAUCUGGACUACGAAGUGUACGCCAAUGGUGGCGAGACCAAGGGUACGGUGAUGGACCGCGUGGACAUCAUCACCGGCACUCUUGCCAAAGGCUACGGAUGCGUGGGUGGCUACAUUGCUGGUUCCGCCAAAAUGGUCGACACCGUCCGCUCCCUUGCUCCGGGCUUCAUUUUCACCACUUCUCUGCCUCCCGCCACUAUGGCUGGAGCCAAGGUCGCAAUCGAGUACCAAACCAACUACUUGGGCGACCGCCGUCUCCAGCAGCUCAACACCCGUGCCGUCAAGGAGCAGUUGAGCGCACUGGACAUCCCCGUCAUUCCCAACCCCUCGCACAUCGUUCCCUGCUUGGUCGGCAGCGCCGAGCUCGCCAAGCAAGCCUCCGACCUGCUGCUCGAGAAGCACCAGAUCUACGUGCAGGCCAUCAACUACCCCACCGUGCCCGUGGGAGAGGAGCGUCUCCGCAUCACCCCCACGCCCGGACACGUCAAGCACUACCGCGACCACCUCGCCCAGGCUCUGGACAGCGUGUGGAGCGAGCUAAAGAUCAAGCGCACCUCCGACUGGGCUCGCGAGGGCGGCUUCAUCGGCGUUGGCGUUGCCAAACCCCAGCUUCCCGAGCCACUGUGGACAAACGAGCAGCUCGGCUUGACGGAGAUUGAGAAGGGCUUGAAGGCCGGACAAGGCGCCCUGGGCGUGCUCGAGCACGUUCUUGAGCAAGAGACCCCUCAGGUCCAGCGCGCUGUUGCCGCCGCAGCCUAGACUGCUUCUCUCGGUCUCCUCAAUGCACGAUUUGCUCUUCUUUGCCGCAGUGAUUUUGAAUCUGCGUGAGACGGAUAAUUUUCGGAUGAUCUUCAUGCCUUCACCCGCGCGUGCUCUUGCACGAGUUGUAUCUAGUGCAGCCCCUCACUCUAGUCUCUCAUUGAAAUGCUGUCGAAACCCACUCCUGUACAAUUUUCACAUCUCACAUCUCACAUCUCACCUUUCACCCUAACCCUCAACACAAGGCAUUUUGACCCGCAUUUUCAACAGAAUCUAAGAGUGUGCCU